CGGAAUCGCGCGUUCUCUUUUCCGCCUGUGUUCGCAGCGCAGCGACACAUGUGCGAGCGAAAUCAUAAUAUUCGGUAAAAAUGCGCAUCGAGAAGUGCUAUUUCUGCUCGGCGCCGGUUUAUCCGGGACAUGGGAUGAUGUUCGUGAGGAACGACUGCAAGGUGUUCAGAUUCUGCAGGUCAAAGUGCCACAAAAACUUUAAGAAGAAGCGAAACCCAAGAAAGACCAGAUGGACCAAAGCCUUCAGAAAAUCUGCAGGAAAAGAGCUGACAGUGGAUAAUGCACUAGAGUUUGAGAAGCGCAGAAACACUCCAGUCAAAUACAACCGAGAGCUCUGGAGCAGAACGGUGGAGGCCAUGAGGAAGGUUGAAAGCAUCAAACAGAAGCGUCAGGCUCGCUUCAUCAUAAACAGGUUGAAGAAAGGCAAAGAGCUGGAGAAAGCAGCAGACAUCAGUGAAGUCAAGAAGAACAUUCACCUCAUCAAAGCUCCACACGCAGGUCAAGCCAAACAGCUGGAGGACAAGAUGGUCCAGAAACUGGCAGAAGACGUGGAAAUGGACGAGUGACCUGAUAAACAAGCUUGAUCUAUGGACCUUUUGUUUGUGUUAUAUUGAAGAUCAUCGCUGCUCCUCAUUUGCAUCCAUAUGAAUAUUCAUCAGAAUCCAGGUGGAGUGAAAUGGACUGAUUUGCAUGUUUCUCUCUGAGAAAUGCACUUAACCUGUUGAUGUAGUGGAUAUAAACAGAUGAUUUAUCACAUCAGCUGUUCUGAUAUCUCUGCAUUGAGCUGAUCAUGUUCACUGGCACUGAAUUUGUGCUAUAAUUGUGCUAAUAAAACAGUUCAGAUACAA